GGGGAAACCGCACCCUUACCAAGCAGAGGAGAAGGGUAUCAACUCUGGACUCUGAAGCAAGUGGCACUGAAGAAACCUUCUGAACACUGCGAAAACAUCUACAUUUAACCAAUUCGUAAAGCGCUCUCUGUUAACAACUAACAGCCUUAGCAAGACAACUGCUCCUGUUUGUUUUUGUGUCUGUGCGUCUCUCCAAGUGAUGGAAUUCAUACUCGAAGAUGGGAAACACCACCACGAAGAAUGCUCCACCCUUAUCCUGCCUGCAUUAUCCAUAGGAAACGUUGGGCAGUUAGCAGUCGAUCUAUUAGUUUCUUCUAUGAGAGCAGAUAAAAUCGGUUAUUUGGAUGAUCCCUUUGUUCUGCCUUGCGUUGGCAACGACGCCUAUGAACCUGUUCCCCGAGGCCUUCUUGCUUUGCCUCUUGAAGCUUAUGAUUCUCCUUCUAACGCACUAACUCUUAUCCAGCAAAGAUCUCCGGUUGUUAAGGGAAUGAUGGUUGAAUUUGCAAAGAAUUUGGCCAAUUUUGCAGCAUCCACUGGGAAGAAGCAUGUUAUUAUUCUUUCUAGCUUAGACUCAGGGAAACGGCAAAAACUUGAUAUGUUAAGCGAAAUGCAGAUUUAUUACCUUUCAACCGUCAAUAGCGAUGGAACAGAUAAUGAUUGUGAAAGGAUAGGAUGGAAAAAGCUGCAAGAGUACAAUCCUCUUCAAAGGAGCUGGAAGUAUCUUGAUGAUUUAGCGAAAGGAGAAUCUUUGUUAGAGGAUAAUUUGUCUAUCGAGGAUGAACUGGGAGAUGAGGACUAUUUCCCCAGUUUGCCUUUUUCUGCAAUAUUCUCUUGCUGCAAGGCAAAAGGUUUGAAGGUCACUUGCAUAUUAAGCUACUGUUCAGAAGGAGAUAACAUUCCUGAUUCUCUGCAGUUGGCAGAGGCAGCAUGCAAACUUUUGAGGAUAGGCAGUGACAGUUUCCGAGGAAAUGAAGGUGGUGGAUGGGUGAUUCCGUUAUCAUGGAAGACCGUGUAUGGGCCGCCUCCAGACAUGUCACUCUUCUAGGACAUAAUGACUUGAUCUGAAUUGGUAAAAUUCUCAUACGGUACGGAGUCAAUAUUAUUUCAAAUUGGAAGAGUUAUUUCCUUUCUGAUUUUUUUUUUCUUAAGAUCUCAACAAGAUUUGGAUCUGGCAAGAGAAAAAGAAAUAUAUGGAAGAUAAGGAAAGAUGAGGACAUAAUUAUGGGUCUACUGAUGUCUUAGAACAGAAUAGUGUGCAAAAAUGACAUCAUAAAGAAAUGAAAUUUGAAAUGAGCAUAUUUUGUGAAGAUGGAUUCACAAAUAUUAGAUUUCAAAUUUAGGCAUCUUUGGCGUCCUUCUAGAGCAGCAGGGGUUUUGCCUUGUGUUUACUUCUGAUUUUCAAAUUGUAUGCAUAUCAGGUUAUCGAUGGAGACAAGAUCACCUGUGUAUUAAAAAAAUUGCAAAUUUCUUUUAUCAAUGAAUGUUACUGCCUGUCUGAAUA